AAGGCGACGUUUGAAUAGCACAGUGUUGCUUUUAUAUGUCCGCACUUAGUUGGCCACCAAACUUUAUUUUACUGGUCACUUUCGGACUGGCAAGUUGGCUGCUUGUGCUAGUUUGCCAAGUCGUCGUCAAAUACACAAGCAACGACAAAGGCUGAGAUAUUAGGUUUGCUCUUUGCAUCCUGCGACGUCUAAAGGUAUCCGUAGUCGAUACCCCGGUUGAUUCUGUUUACCUUCUCCGACCAAGCUCGUUUAAGUUCAAGAAUCCACUAUAGUUGAUCCAUGCACCACGACACCUCAUCCAGCCGGAGAAAAGGCGCCAAUCCGCGUCGCCGACCCCAGGAGCCGGCGUCGCCCCAGCCGGGCCCCUCCGCACCUGGGCGCUCCCCUCGCCCGGGUCCCUCCUCACGUAGACCAGGACGCUCGCCCAGGGUUCGGCGCUUUCGCCCUGGGACUAAGGCUUUGAUGGAGAUCCGCAAGUAUCAGAAGAGCACCGAGCUCCUCUUGCGAAAGGCGCCCUUCUCUCGCCUGGUACGUGAGGUGUGCCAAACUAUCAACAGAAGUGAGCUCAGGUGGCAGGUCUUCGCCCUGAUGGCGCUCCAGGAGGCGGCCGAGGCCUUCUUGGUGAUGCUGUUCGGAGACGCCAACUUGUGCGCCAUCCACGCCAAGCGGGUCACCUUGUUUCCCCGUGACCUCCAAUUGGCCCAAAGGAUCCGCGGGCCCAAUGCAAUCUGAGCCCGACAGCCGCCGCCACUACCAAAUCGUCGGAAAUGUGCUUAUAUUUGUUGUUUUGUAUUUUGUUCAAUAAAGGGGACU